AUGUCGCUCCGGUUCUUUCAACUCAAGGAUCAUGCGCAGAGACUUGCCGAUUUUGAUGAAGAAGCGGAUGAACACAAUCGUAAUCUCAUGAACAUGCUCUUUGAAGACUCUGAUGACGAAAUCGAGGAUCACAAGCGCCAACCUAUCCUGAACCGUAUUCCCAACAAGAACCGAAAUGCCCUGGCUGGCCACAAGCAAGUCAUGAAUGACUACUUGGUCGAAAACUCGGUAUACAGCGAAAAGGAUUUUGAACACCGCUUUCGUGUGACAAAAGGUGUUUUUAUUCGAUUGUGCAACGACUUGCAGACAAAGAAUUCAAUAUCUUAUUUUAUUCAACGAGCGGAUUGCACAGGGAAGCUGGGGCUCACAGCGCCUCAGAAGAUAACCUUGGCUCUACGACAACUAGGAUAUGGGGUUUCCUUGGAUGCAACAGACGAAUACGUUCGCAUUGGGGAAACGACUGCUUGCGAGACACUCAAAGUUUUUACUAGAUCAAUCAUUGAAAUCUACGGCUCAGAAUACUUGAGAAGGCCAACUCAAGAUGACUUGAGAGGGAUCCUUUGA